AUGGCAGAAGAAAAAUUUAUAGAGGCAGUGAGGGAACACAGAGAGCUGUAUGACACAAAACACGUAGACUACAUGAAGGUCAAACUCAAGAACCGGAUUUGGAGUGAUAUAGCAAAGGAUUUGAAUUUGAAAGACGCUGGUCCACGUGAUAGUAAUCUACGUGAUGACAGCAAUCACAGCUUACAAGCUACAACUAAAACAUCAGCGAGAAGUGAUACACUGGAAACCGAGGAAUUAGAAGAUAACAACUCACUCGACAAUGAGGAGAAUGAGCAAAGUCAAGAUAUUAAUAACGACGAAAGCAACGAUCGUGAGGACAGAGUACGACAAAGGGCACAAGAAAGAAGAGCAUUGGAGUCAAACUAUAUCAAAGAUGACCCUCUUUACAAUUUUUUCAUAUCUAUGUGUCAACUGACUAAAAACAUGCCCCAUAGUUACCAGCGCAGAAUCAGAGGUCAACUUUUCCAGGCUUUCUCACUUGCGGAAGAAGAAAUAAUGAACGUGACGCUGCUAUCACCUAGACCAGAGGCGUACAGAUUUAACCUGCCCGUGCUUGCCUCUUAG